UAAAAACCCACUCUUCAUCAGUAGCAUUAUCUUUAAGAUUUCUUGUUCAUGAACGGUUUGAUUUCUGACUCAAGAAAAACUCGUUCGAGACUCGAUUCAUCUUAAUCGAGCCGACUUGCGAACAAACUCGUUAACUAAACGAGUCGAACUCGAGCCAUAACAUGUUCAGCUUGAAAGCUCGCAAACAAGCUCAUUUAACGGUUUGACAUUAGAAAGGAUUGAAAUUCAUAGAUUUUAUGUAUUGAAAUUGGGAUAAAUAUUGUGUUUUGUUUUGCUAGACUUUGUUGCAGGUUUGAAUGUAAUUUUGUGUUCAGUUCUAGCUCAACCUUGACCUAUAAUGAACAUUUUAUGUGUUGAACUCGAUUUUGGCCUCGUUAAACUUAUUUGGCGAGCUCGAGCUUGAGCUUUCAUUUUCUUAAAUGAGCCGAGCUCGAAUUUGCAUAUUAAAACUCGUGACUAACGCGAGCCGAGCUCGAGUUUGAAAAUAUAUUAACGAGUUAUAGCUCAGUCUCGACUUAUUAACAACCCUAGUUGAGAAUAUAGGGCACGAGACUGCAGGGGUAUUUCCGUCAAUCGGUACUAAAGUGUGUCACUCAAAUAUGAAAUAGCAAAUUACUAAAUUGGCAAUUCUCCUUUCCCGCCUGCGACAUUUCGUGGCGUCCAAUUUUCCUUUUCAAAAUCCGCUCUCCCGUUCUGCUACUGCAAAUUGCAAUAGCUUGAAGCUUCGCCUAGAGAUUUCCUUUCACGCGGGUUUUCUCUCUUGCUCGACGCGAGGCGAAUUCCGGGAAAUUCCCCAUCGGCGGUGACCGUCCAGUGUAAGGUCGUCGUUCUCAUUUCCGUCUCAGAAUUUCAGUCGAAUUCUUAAAACCUACUCUCUAGUUCAGUUCAAUUUUCUUCUUCUGCUGCUUCUCGAACAUUUCUUCGGAGCCCUCAAGGUUUUGCGACGGCUCCGUCGCCAGAUUCCUGUCCGUAAUUUUGAUUUCGAUAGACGAGUUCUGUGACUAACUCGUCCUCUAGUUCCGAACAGGGAAACGAUCUCUUAGGUCAAGCAGAGUCUGAUUUUGAAAUUCCUCUUUGAUCUAUUCAGUAAUUCUUGUACGCAUCUAGCUAGAGUUGAACGAGUUCGUUUCGGGGAGAUAAACAAAUGAUUUUUGGAGGAGAAUCGCAGAUCUGUAGGUUUUGCUGAUUUCUGAUACAGCGAAUCUUGUGGGAAACUUACUGCUGCCGUUUGGAUCCGCUUUGUUUAUCCCAGACUCCUCGUCCUGUUUACGACGAUUAAUUGUGUUUGGGCUUUGGAAUAAUCCGGGGGGAAACACUGCAGAACUAGCACUCUAUCGUUCUUUCUGGGUUCAACUGGUAGUUUGAAUUUGAUCUUUGCCCUAUUGGGUCAAGUGAGUUGCCUGUAUAUUCCUUUUGCUGAACUUGUUUGUUCGUAAACUGAUUUAGGUUUCCUUCGAGCUUGCACUAGCGUCAACUGGGCACACUGCCAAAAAUGGUUGCUGACACACUGCAGGAAAUGCAAGAUGAUGGAAUCAGUGAUUGUCGAAGUCCUGGUAGCAAUUAUCAUCACUCCAGCCAGUCCCGGAAGGUUUCUGUCGGAAUUCUCAUAGAUCAAUUGGCAAACAAAAGAUAUGGAGCUAGGGGGAAGGAUAAGGCUGUCCCAAAUGAAGAAAUGGAAACUCCACGAAAGGGAACUUCAGAAGGAGAGAAGGAUAAAGGGGAAGAUGUUGGUGGAAAUGAAGGGAAGAUAUCAGAAGCUCGGGAGCAGAUCACUUCCCCAUGGAUUACCACCAAGUCAGCCAACCAAACAGCACAAACAUCAGAGAAUGUUCUCAAUGGGAAGGAAACUUCCAAAUUAGCUUCAGCUGGUGGAUCAAAGAAGAAGCUUAGCAACAAGAAGGAUCCACCUGUAACUCAUUCCGUGAAGUAUUUUGCAAAUCAAAGUUCGGGGCAUUCUGAUGACGGAAAGGAGAAGUCGUUCAAUGGACUAACAUAUACGAGGAAGAGAAGCCAGAAUGAGAGUUCACAGAAGCAACAGGACUUCACAUUUCCAACUGCACAUGAGGUCCCUAUAACAGAUAAAGAAAAGGCAGGUAAUGUAGCAGUGCCUAAGACUGACAAUUUGAGGAUGAAACUGUGGGAGGUAUUAGGAGCCGUUUCUUCACCAAAAAGUCAGCCUCCCAAUCUGAAGGGUCAUGAUGUAGGUGCCAACAUUUCAAAGCCAACGGAUGGCAGCAACGAUGAUCUAAAUAUCAGGUACAAACAAAAUUCUGACCCCAUUGAAACUGAUUCUGACAGCCCUGCUCAUUCUAUGAAGAGACCAUUGACACGUGCUUCUACUCGGAAGAGAGUCUCAACCAAAAGGCAGCCUUUGAAACCUAAAAUAGACCCAUUUGCUGCUCUGACUCAGAAGGUACAAAGGAAGGAUGUCUUUACCUUUAAAGAGGGUCUGGCAGACAAAGUAGAUGUUGCUGCUAAUGGUAAUCCGUGCACAUCAACCAGGUCCAGGAGGAAGGGCCAGAAGAAGACAGCUAACAUCAUGCCACGUAAGAUAAGCUUCAUUAGUAACAGUAGUUCAGAUAAUUUCCCAGGAGUAAUUCAAACAAAUGAGGUGCCUGCAACUACUGCGAAGACAUCCUCGCAUAUGUUUAAGAUGGGAAUUUUGAAAAAUAAUAUGCAAGCUCAGAAAGGCGGAUGCCAAGGUAAAGCCUCCCAUCAAUCUCAGAGGGAAGAUUCCCAUCAUUCUGUUGGGGAACCAGGAUUGACUAUGAAUGAGGGGUUUACCCAUCCAACAGUACCAAAAGAUAGAGAUCAGUCGCAAGACUUUGGUCUAGAUUCUCCCUUGAGCAAAAUUGGAAGUCCACAGGACAGCAAGGGUAGUCCAACACUAAAAAUGAAUUCUCCUGUGUCAAGUCCAUACACUAGUUCACCAAAAGCUGAGCAGCCAGCGAAGGAAGUUCAGAGUCCUGCCAUAUCAGAGAGAAGCAGCAGCCCAGUGGGAAACAUCUUUCAUUUCAUAACUUCUGGAGCAUCAAAACCUGGUGGCUGUGCUGCGAAUUCUGAGCUAGAUGCAUCUGAGGACGACGGAGCAGGAAUGAAAGAUUCUCCAGAAGUGCAAUCAUCACCAGAAAAGGUGGGGAAAGAUGGAUCCAGAAGCUCUCGGUCAAUGUCUGAAGAUGAGAAAACUGAGAGCUCUGACGAUGUUUCACCAGUAGCAACAGGCCACACCGGAACCCCUAUUACAGAGACGGGAGCUAGUGGGAGAUCUGAGUUUAAUCUAGCUAAACGACUUCGCACUGAAGAAAGAGCGAGCAAACCGAGUUCCUCCUUAUCUUAUCGGAAAGGUUUCAACGACCACGAGUUGACCCAGGAACCUGGAGAAAGCUGCAGAGGGGAUGAUGGUGACAGGGUUAUCAUGCUCGUUGCAUUGGCCGUGGAAAACUAUGUCAAGAAAGUUAAGGCAGCAACUUCAUCCAAGUCCGCGGAGAUUAUGAUGGCCGUUUCCACAGAGAUAGAUCAACAGUUGCAGAAUAUCAAGCUGCAAACCCAAGAGGAUGUGGCGAAUUUGACGAGCAUCAGCACAUCGAAAAGAAAAAGAGUUGAGUCAGGCUUGCGAGAACAAGCAGAGCAACUGAAGAAGAUACACGAGAAAUUCGAGCAAGACAUUCAUCAAUGUCUCCAGAACUACAAUUUGGCAGUGGAAGGACUAGAAUCGUACCAGAACGAGUUGAAGGGGACAAUGAAAAAGCAAAAAGCCAUCCACCAAAAGAGUCUGAUGCAAGCCGAAGAAACAGUGGAAAAGCUGCUCGUGGACGCGCAGCGGAAGAUCGAAGCCGUGCGGAAGAUGGGAAGGGAAAAGGUGGUGCAACUGAGGUACGUGGUGGCCGAAUCUAUCAAGGAUGUCUUCCGUGGCUCAACAUGAUUAUGCUUCUGGAUCCAUUGCCUUUUCAAUCUAAGGCGCGUCUCCUGUUUUGUCUGGUUUCUUAGAAACUGAUGAUCUAGCUAAAAGUACUACCUGCUAUCCACGACUGGGAUGUUUAGGUAAAGCCAGUCUGGCCAGAUUCGGAUAUGCUGAUAAUAAUUAGAUUACUCAUCUGCGUUAGCGCUUACCUCAGGAGAGCAAUGUAGUCAAAUCGCGCGAAAUGUUUAUGAGGUAGAUAGCCAAAACAAUUCUACGUAGAAUUGCUCUUUUCUUAAUUAUUGUCAUCAACAAAAUCAUGCUUAAGAAUGUAUGUGUUACGCGUGGUUAGAUCAUCAAAAUACUUCUACGUUGAAUCACACUUUGUAUGCAUCCGCUUGGGUCUUGAUACGGUGAUGAGUAGGGGCAGUGGCGGAGCCAGGAAAUUGGCCAAGGGGGUGUCUUUAUCAUAUCAUAAAAAAUCACCUAUACAAUAGAAAAGUCAACUUUAAAUUAAACAAAAAGUCAACAACGCAAUACUCUAAAUUCACACAAUUACAUUAAAAUAGUUUCACGUACACCGGUUACAACGUCAAACAAAUAAGUUCAGUACAUACAAAUCAAGACUUCCAUUCAUCAAAUAUUACAAAUUAUAACUCAGAAGUACCUUGGAAUUGAUUUUGUGAAACAAACAAGUGAACUUCAAUUGGUACUUCUUCACUUUCAACUUUGUUUAAACAAAAGACAAGAAAUUUAUCUGUUGUAGAGCUAAAAAAAAAGAGCGAAUUUAAACAAAAGACAACAAUUUAUUACUAUAAAUAAAGACGAAAGUGCAUUACAUAACAAAACUCAUUCGAUCGAAAUGAUAAGAAAUUCUUCCUGCAACUGAAUGGUCAUUGGUUCGAAUUUGUAUAUACCCCUACUCGGAAAUUUUUUCUCCAAACCCAAGGGGGGUGCAAAGCACCCCCUCCUCUCCAAGUGGCUCCGCCACUGAGUAGGGGUGGUUAUUUGGUCCAGCAUUUUUUGUUUUACCCGGACCGGAUUUUAUACUCCGGACCGAGAUCGGACCGGAUCAAGAACUGACUGUAUCCAAUUCAAUUUUUGGUCCUUGUGUUUCCGAAAAAGACUGGACCGUAACUAAAUCGAUUUGUGUCAAUUUAACUGGAUCCGACCGUAUAGCCAUCCCGGUGAUAAUGAGAGGAAACCGAAGGCGUGGCAACAGGCAAGAGAGCCCGCAAAAGACGAACCUACUCGACCCGUCAAGUCAAGAGAAGGGUUGGUGGAGCCCAAGUGGCGAUAGGAUCCAGAAGGCCCAUCAAAAUCAAAAGAUCAAAUCAUAUAAUCCCGGCCGAGUUUCUUUCUUCUCAGGAGAGGAGAGAAUGGUGUGAAGAAAAAAAAAAAGCGUGUAGUUCACGUGCAGCCCCAUGGCCAUUCACGUGAUAAAUUGCCCGGUGUGUCUGCCUGUACCUUUCACUCUUAUUUUAUCUCUCCCACGCCUGCCCGACCCCACUUCCUCUUUUGUUGUUUUUGCUUGCUUGCUACUUUUCCACUUCUCUCCUAUGCGGUGUUCGUUUUCUCAUGGUGAAUAGUGAUGGCGAUGGGGCGAGGCAGGAGGGAAAUGGAUUGGAUUUCAAUACUCAUAUUCGUGUUUUUCGUAUUAGGCUUAGGGUAAGAUUGAGUAAUACUAAUGAGAAAAUGGGUUGGAUGUAGAAGUUAGGGAUGCCUAGCGGGUUGUAUUUCACGAGGUCUUUCGAUGGUUGUACUCCACGUUCUCUGUGUACAUUACAAGAGAUUAGUUUCCUUGUCUCUCAUGAUAGUAGUAUAAUUAGCGCGCACAUAGUAAUGCAUCAUAGAAAGAUAGCAAGCAUACAAAGAACUAGAUUAUCGAUGCUCCAAGAAAGACCAUCGAUGCUC